CACUGGUUUAAAAAUACACAGAGGAAGCUAGUGAGAGGGCGAGAGAAAGGGGAAGGGGAGGUGGGAGAGGCAUCUCAACCUGGACGUCCAGAGCCUCCAGCAGCCACUUGCGAGCUGGCCAAGGGCUUCACACGACUUGCCAGGAUGACGGAGGGGACCAAGAAGGCCAGCAAGAAGUUCAAGUUCUUCAAGUUCAAGGGCUUUGGGAGUCUCUCCAACCUCCCUCGGUCCUUCACUCUGAGACGGUCCUCAGCUCCCAUCAGUAGGCAGUCCCAUUUGGAGCCUGACACCUUUGAAGCCACGCAGGAUGACAUGGUGACGGUGCCCAAGAGUCCCCCAGCCUAUGCCCGCUCCAGUGACAUGUACAGCCACAUGGGCACCAUGCCUCGCCCCAGCAACAAGAAAGCACAGAACUCACAGGCUGUCCAGCAGGCCCAGGAAGUAGGCCCCGAGCUGGUUCCCCGAGGUCUGCCCAACCCCCCAGGCUUGGAGGCCGCCAAGGAGGUGGUGGUGGAGGCCAAUGGUGCCCUGGAGGACGCCCCAGCAAUGGAACCCAACCCUUCAGCAGUGGAGGCAGAUCCCAUUGGAAAGCCUGAGGUCCCCACAGCAGACAUAGAGGAGAGACCUCCCAGGGACACGCACUCAGACAGGGCUGCUGGAGAGCUGGAGGCUGGCGGAGACUACGUGAAGUUCUCCAAGGAGAAGUACAUUCUGGACUCAUCACCGGAGAAACUGCACAAGGAAUUGGAGGAGGAGCUCAAACUCAGCAGCACGGAUCUCCGCAGCCACGCCUGGUACCAUGGCCGCAUCCCCCGAGAGGUCUCAGAGACCUUGGUACAACGCAAUGGUGACUUCCUCAUCCGGGACUCGCUGACCAGCCUGGGAGAUUAUGUGCUCACGUGCCGCUGGCGCAACCAGGCCUUGCACUUCAAGAUCAACAAGGUGGUGGUGAAGGCGGGUGAGAGCUACACGCACAUCCAGUACCUAUUUGAGCAGGAGAGCUUCGACCACGUGCCUGCCCUCGUGCGUUAUCAUGUGGGCAGCCGCAAGGCUGUAUCGGAGCAGAGUGGUGCCAUCAUCUACUGCCCGGUGAACCGCACCUUCCCACUGCGCUACCUCGAGGCCAGCUAUGGCCUGGGACAGGGGAGUAGCAAGGCUGCCAGCCCUGCCAGCCCCUCUGGCCCCAAAGGCAGCCACAUGAAGCGGCGCAGCAUCACCAUGACCGAUGGGCUCACUGCCGACAAGGUCACUCGCAGCGAUGGCUGCCCCACCAGUAUGUCGCUGCCCCGUCCUCGGGACUCCAUCCGCAGCUGUGCCCUCAGCAUGGACCAGAUCCCAGACCUGCACUCGCCCAUGUCGCCCAUCUCCGAGAGCCCUAGCUCCCCCGCCUACAGCACUGUAACCCGAGUCCACGCUGCCCCUGCAGCCCCUUCUGCCACAGCACUGCCUGCCUCUCCUGUUGCCCGCCGUUCCAGUGAGCCUCAGCUAUGUUCCGGAAGUGCCCCAAAGACCCAUGGGGAGACAGACAAGGGUCCCCACACCAGCCCCUCCCACACCCUCUGCAAGGCCUCCCCGUCACCAUCACUCAGCAGCUACAGUGACCCGGACUCUGGCCACUACUGCCAGCUGCAGCCUCCUGUGCGUGGCAGCCGAGAGUGGGCAGCGGCUGAGGCCUCCAGCCGGCAGGCCAGGAGCUAUGGGGAGAAGCUAAAGGAACUGUCAGAAAAUGGGGCCCCCGAGGGGGACUGGGGCAAGACCUUCACAGUCCCCAUUGUGGAAGUCACCUCUUCCUUCAACCCGGCCACCUUCCAGUCACUACUGAUCCCCAGGGAUAACCGGCCGCUGGAGGUAGGCCUUCUGCGGAAGGUCAAGGAGCUGCUGUCGGAGGUGGAUGCCCGGACGCUGGCCCGGCAUGUCACCAAGGUGGACUGCUUGGUUGCUAGGAUACUGGGCGUUACCAAGGAGAUGCAGACCCUAAUGGGAGUCCGCUGGGGCAUGGAGCUGCUCACCCUCCCCCAUGGCCGGCAGCUACGCCUAGACCUGCUGGAAAGGUUCCACACCAUGUCCAUCAUGCUGGCCGUGGACAUCCUGGGCUGCACCGGCUCUGCGGAGGAGCGGGCAGCGCUGCUGCACAAGACCAUCCAGCUGGCGGCCGAGCUGCGGGGGACUAUGGGCAACAUGUUCAGCUUCGCGGCGGUCAUGGGUGCCCUGGACAUGGCCCAGAUUUCUCGGCUGGAGCAGACAUGGGUGACCCUGCGGCAGCGGCACACGGAGGGUGCCAUCCUGUACGAGAAGAAGCUUAAGCCUUUUCUCAAGAGCCUCAACGAGGGCAAAGAAGGCCCGCCUCUGAGCAACACCACAUUUCCUCAUGUGCUGCCCCUCAUCACCCUGCUGGAGUGUGACUCGGCCCCACCUGAGGGCCCUGAGCCCUGGGGCAGCACGGAGCACGGUGUGGAGGUGGUGCUGGCCCACUUGGAGGCUGCUCGCACAGUGGCACACCACGGAGGCCUGUACCACACCAAUGCUGAGGUCAAGCUGCAGGGGUUCCAGGCCCGGCCGGAGCUCUUGGAGGUGUUCAGCACGGAGUUCCAGAUGCGCCUCCUCUGGGGCAGUCAGGGUGCCAGCAGCAGCCAGGCCCGGCGCUAUGAGAAGUUCAACAAGGUCCUCACUGCCCUGUCGCACAAGCUGGAGCCUGCCGUCCGCUCCAGCGAGCUGUGACCCCAGGCACCUUUCCCCGCUGCAGCUGCGGACAGCGUCAGCGGCAGAGGGGCACAGACCUUUCCCCAGAGCACCCCAAGGACACUGUGAUCAACCCGAGAAUGUUCUGGGUUCAACUCCAGCAUCUCCCUUGCGCCCCCAGGGUCCUGCAUGGACUCUGGGUUCCAUCCCACCUGCUACACACUCACCAGGUCUCCGUUGAGGAAGAACAGGAACGCCGGUUCCCCCACCAGCUUCUGCUGCACCCCCUUCUGCUGGGGUUCCCCGUUUUCGAGCCAUGGGAGGCUGUUCACGCCUCCUCACUCUCCGUCAGUCCCUCACCCACACCAAGGCCUCCAUCUUGCUGUAAAUAAGUCUGUGUGUGCUGUAAAUAGAUGUACAGAAGCCGUGUUCUUUCUUUCAUAUAAUAAACUUUUAUGACUCUUUA